CACAACUGUAUGACCAGUGGUUUCGCUGAAAUCCUCGAGAUUGGACAAAUCAAAUGGGCUAGUGUGUACCACGCUGUAUUCAACCCCAAACAAUGAGUUCAACCACCAUUCUGCAAACACAUGGCGCUCUCACGGAGAGUUCGGAUUCAAUCCAUCAGACAAGUCUCUUACAGGACAACAAUGCUGCUGACACGGGGACCUCCUCGGAAGAUGAAGUCGAGCCACAUUCUCUGGGCCUGAGACCGUCAGGAAACGCCCUAACAUCCCAAGAAAAUGCCCAAACCUCCAUGGGUCCCUUCGGGCUUCUGCCAGACACGCUAAUGCUGAUGCUCCUCGAGUUCCUGGAUCGACGUGCUCUUCUCAACCUGGGUGCGACGUGUCGAGGGCUCUACGCCUACUGUACCUGUGACCAGCUAUGGAGAGAUAUUGCAGUCAACGAGACGAACGAGCGUUUUGAGUGGCGGGGAAGUUGGCGAGCAUCUCUCAUGCGGCUUCCGCCGACAAAGCUUGCAAAGGUGGAUUGCCGAUACGUCUUUUCCGACGCGCUCUAUCGGCCGUUUCAAUGCUCUCGCACACCGCUGACGCCGUAUGUCUCGAACAUUCCGCCAGAAAACGAAAUUCCACGGCUGAGCGACAUCUCGCCAGAAGAGUUCAACGAGUCAUGGGUGGGCAAGCCCUUCAUCCUGACCGCGCCGGUGAGGAAAUGGAAGGCUUUUGAGACGUGGGAUCUACAGCAUCUACUCGCGAAGUACGGGGAUGUCCCCUUUCGUUGCGAGGCAGUGGAUUGGCCGCUGAGCACGUACGUCAAUUACAUGGAAACUUCAAAAGAUGAAUCGCCGUUGUACCUUUUUGAUCGGGCCUUUGUGGAAAAGAUGGGUUUGCAGGAUGCAUACGAGCCCCCAGAGGCAUUCCGGGAAGACUUUUUCACCCUCCUCAAGGACCAGAGACCCGAUCGACGGUGGCUGAUUAUUGGACCUGAAAGAAGCGGAAGCACGUUUCACAAAGACCCGAAUGCCACGAGUGCCUGGAACGCUAUUAUUAGAGGCUCGAAAUAUUGGAUUAUGUUUCCAAGCUCUAUCCUGCCUCCAGGAGUCUACAUGUCCCAAGACCAAAGCGAGGUCACUUCGCCACUGAGCAUUGCCGAGUGGCUCCUGUCAUACCAUACUGAAGCUCGGAGGACUGGGUCCUGUUUCGAGGGCAUCUGUCGGGAAGGCGAGGUCCUCCAUGUCCCCUCAGGUUGGUGGCAUUUGGUAGUCAACCUUGAGCCAGCUAUUGCUAUCACUCAAAACUUCGUCCCCAGAGCCCAUGUCCAAUCAACGAUCCGCUUUCUGAGAGAUCGGGCAGACCAAGUUUCCGGAUUCAGUGACAAAGUAUCAGAUCCCUAUACCCUCUUUAUGGAUCGCUUAAAGGAGACCGAUCCUGACCUGGCGGCUUCUCUCGACGAUUGCCGCAAGCGCAAAUGGGAAGAGGUCGUUGCUGGUCAAGACGAAGCUGAUGAAGAGCGGCAAGGGUUUAGUUUCGGAUUUGGCGAUGACCUAGACGAGGAAGUUGAAUGAUCUAGAGAUCAAUGACAUGCUGCUGUUUUGGUGGGCGAAGUCUUAUAGCUGAAAGCCAAAUAUCCGAUAAAUGCCCCGACC